CUUCCGGGUUAACUGUCAUGGCGGCGCCCUGAAUGCAGUAGCAGAAGACAUCCAAACCUCUGUGAAGGAGACAAACGAGGCUGUUUAUUGGAGCAGACUGCAGCCAUGAAUAUAAAAGAUGCGCAGAAGUGGAACACCAGAAUGGCUGCACUUUACGCUCUCGGUGUCUGGACCAUGAUCGGGUCUUACGCCCUGUUAAGAUACACAGGUCGUCUCGAGCUCACACCAGUAAAAAAAGAAGAGGUACAAGAGUGCGAAGAUCCAAACCGGGUCGUCUUCCGAUCUGCUCACAGUGAAACCAUCAUCGUCUACAAGAAAGACUUCGUCCCCUACACCACGAGGAUCUACAACUUCUUCCAGUACUUCGGCACUAAACCUGGAGACAAGUAGCUGCAUCAGUGCGAAGGAUGACGGACACUGAACUUGUCAAGAGCAAGUUUUUAUACACUGCACUAUGAAUUCAUGCUUUGUGUGAGGAUGCUGUCUUUAUUUGUGAAAGAAGUUCCAGCGCAGUGUUCACCCGCCCAGGGCUGAGGGAGCUGCAGCUGUGUUUGGAUGCUCAUGAUCUGUCAUCAGAUAUUGUUUAUUAUUAAUCUGUCAUUACUGUCAGCCUUAUCCACACCAUUGUCCACAAUACAAAGAUGCCAUAACCACUAAUGAUGUAAAAAUAAACUUCAUCUCUUCAUUGUAGGAGCUGUUCUUAAA